AUGUCUUACAACAAAUUUGGUGAUCUAGGUGUCCAAACUCGCAGCAGCAAGCUGAAUGCUGCAAAAAAGCUCGGAGCCUUGGAAGAGCAACCAGAGAUUUCAGCCUCGUUGCUCGGGAUCCCACCACCGGAGCGAUUCUCAAAGCUCCCUCAAUGGUUUGCUGUCAGCGGACCCCCUUCCCUCGAAGCCGACCCGGAAGGGUACAUGAACAUGGUCGCCAAUGGGGAUUCUGUCACCUGCCAUGCCAACGUUCUGGGUAUCCAGCCAUGGGUCAUCCACGUUCUCAAGAAGGUUCUUCACUGGCGUUACAUCCAUCAUCCACGAACGCUACAGAUUAAUCUCCUUCGUCUAGAAGACAGGGAGCGUUUGGUCGAAGAGAUCAAUAUCACGUUCCGAAAUUAUGCGACCACACUCAACCACCUCCUUCGUACUGGUCAGAUCCCACUUACAAAGCUCGAAAGCAAGAUGAAACAAUACGAGGCGAUGGAAGAGUUGUCCGCUAAGGUCUAUAAGAUGGGCCGCUACAAAGUCUCUGGGUAUCUUCUCUACAAGGUUGGAGAAGGACUGAUGAAGGAAAUAAUUUUCGAGCGCGAGGCUAUUGAGAAUGGCCUCGUCAGUACUGCUGACGUUAUCCCUGGGAAACCUGCGAGGCAUCAUGAUUCAACGACACUUCCCCGAAUAAAGUUGAAGUUCAGAGGUUGA